AAACUUUGUUGGAAUUAAUUUUUCCAUAGGUUUCACUUCAUCUUAAUACGCUAGCAAUAUAGUUCUGCCAAAUAGGUUAUAAUACAAUUCAUUUUCAGUACUAGUUUUUAUAUUUUAGCCAUUCUGCAAUGUCUAAGUCAACGUUGUUGGUAGUUCUGCCUUUUUCUCACCCAGCCAUGUCUUAAGACAGGCUAAUUGCUCUGGUGUAAAAACAUUGUAGUAAAAAACAAACAAACAAACUUGCAACUGAAGAAGUACCCAGAUAUAAUGGCUGACUCUUUUUUUUCUCCUCCUUUAAUGGAUUCAUAAGAAAAUUUAUCCCUUACCAUUUGGCAAUUUCCCAAAGCAGUAUGUCUAUGGAGAUUCCAGUUGUCCAGGUCAUAGUUGUCCCAAAGAUGCUUUUUUUGCCUCUUGAAAAAAAAGUAUCUUUGGGAUGCCAAAGCAGUAGUUAGAAAGCUAUAAAGUAUAAUAUAAAUCAGUAGCUUUUCCUGUUCUGUUUAAAAAUUUCAAAGUUACUCUAUACCAAUGUUUAUAAAUAAGAAAUAGUGUUGUUACAGUAAGAGUGUAUUUGGAAUUUCAAGAGUAAUUUUGUGAUUGAUGCACUCACAGAAUGGCUAAUAUACUAAAUUUUCCUUUUAACAAAGUGGCUACAAUCUAGUAGAAACUUUGUGGGGCCAAGAAGAAUAGUUCCAAAUAAAUAUGAUGCUAAAAGAAAGAUUAAAUAUGUGCAGGGAGAUCUUUUUACUUGUCCAGAAACAGAUUCCUUGGCUCACUGUAUUAGUGAGGAUUGUCACAUGAGUGCUGGCAUAGCUGCUAUUUUUAAGAAGAAGUUUGGUGGUGUUCAGGAACUUUUGAAUCAACACAAGAAGACUGGAGAUGUGGCUAUUCUGAAGAGAGAAACUAGAUACAUAUAUUACUUGAUCUCAAAAAACAAAUAUUUUCAUAAACCUACAUAUGACAACUUAGGAAAGAGUUUAGAAGCUAUGAAAAUCCAUUGUCUGAAAAAUGCAGUAACUCACAUUUCUAUGCCAAAGAUUGGUUGUGGACUUGACCGUCUGGACUGGAAGAAAGUUUCAACAAUGCUGGAAGAAGUAUUUGAAGAUACUAAUAUUCAUAUUACAGUUUAUACUCUUUAAUUCCUAGUAGAAUUGUCUGUUCUGUUUGUUGUUAUAUCCUUGUAUCAGUAUCUUACCUGGCAUAUGCUGAUAGUGUUAUCUUAAUUCCAGUGUUCACAAUUCUUUAAGUCCUCUUCUGCUCUACUCAAAUUUAAAAAAAAAGUCAAAAUGUACAUUCUAGUGUUCAGAUACUUUGUGUAUCUAUCUCCUAUUUAGCAAUUGGAAGAUGUUAUUUUAAGAAAAACACUCAACAAAACUGAUUUUUUUUUUAUCUAGAUUGGCAAUCGUGGAAAAGAUUGGAAUAGGAUGGAAAAUUAUGUUUAAAUGUUUACCAAAAAUAAGAUGUUCACGUAUAUAAAUAAAAGACCUUUUCCAAAUAUGAGUGUUAUGUAUUUAUGUUUUUGAAAUACUGCAGUAUAUCAGUUGUACAUGAAACAUUAUUCGUGUCCACCCAGGUCCAUUGUUGAAAUGUAUGGAGGUGCUAUGUAAACAUUCCACGAACAAGUUUAUACACCUCAUAGAAUGCCGGAUCAGAUUUGCUUAGGUUGUGUCUUUAACAGAGUACAUAUUGCUAAAAUAGUAAAUGAGUGAUAGAUAAAUUAAUGUAGUGUGAAUAUGAAGGCAAUUUUUGACUAUCUCCAGGCCAAAUUUAUAAUAAAAAUGGAUAAUGGAAUAAAAAUCCUAUUUUAAAUCU